AUGUUUUCUGUAAGCACUGAUCAGUCACUUUCAUUGGAUGUUGGGGAUUUUUUUACCAUUCCUUGUUGCAAAACUCACUUGGGAGAGUCUGUUCAUAUCUAUCUAUCUAUCUUAGUCUGUUCAUAUCUAUCUAUCUAUCUUAGUCUGUUCACAUCUAUCUAUCUAUUUAUCUUAUCUGUUCACAUCUAUCUAUCUAUCUAUCUUAAUCUGUUCACAUCUAUCUAUCUAUCUAUUUAUCUUAGUCUGUUAACAUCUAACUAUCUAUCUAUCUAUCUAUCUAUCUUAGUCUGUUCACAUCUAUCUAUCUAUCUUAGUCUGUUCACAUCUAUCUAUCUAUCUAUUUAUCUUAGUCUGUUAACAUCUAACUAUCUAUCUAUCUAUCUAUCUAUCUUAGUCUGUUCACAUCUAUCUAUCUAUCUAUUUAUCUUAUCUGUUCACAUCUAUCUAUCUAUCUAUCUUAGUCUGUUCACAUCUAUCUAUCUAUCUAUCUUAUCUGUUCACAUCUAUCUAUCUAUCUAUCUUAGUCUGUUCACAUCUAUCUAUCUAUCUAUCUAUCUUAGUCUGUUCACAUCUAUCUAUCUAUCUAUCUUAGUCUGUUCACAUCUAUCUAUCUAUCUUAGUCUGUUCACAUCUAUCUAUCUAUCUAUCUUAGUCUGUUCACAUCUAUCUAUCUAUCUUAGUCUGUUCACAUCUAUCUAUCUAUCUAUCUUAGUCUGUUCACAUCUAUCUAUCACCAAACCAAACUGA